AUGUCAUUCCUCAAUAGAAACAACUUGUUCGGCGGCGGUGGCGGUGGUAGCGGCGGACCACCUCAGAGGGAUCCAUAUGGGCAAGCACCCUCUCCCAGCCGGCGCCCUCCCGGAGGCUAUGGAGGCGGUGGAGGAGGAGGACCAUACGAUACUCCCAUGAGUGGUGGCGGGGGUGGUGGUUAUGAUUAUCCACGACAGCCACCUGGCUACGGACCUGGACCUGGCCAAGGUCUGCCUGCGAGAAAUCCGCCCCCACGGCAGCAAGGUCACCAGCAAAACCCAAGCAGAGGAGGUGGUGGAGGCCACGGCCAGCUCCUGACUUUGCAGCCUGCCAAGAGUCCAGAUAACACGUACACCUUCCGCAAUCUAGUUGCGGUAUCUACACGAGAUGUUCCUUCAUCUAGGGAUGGCUCGGACAUUCUCCUGCUUGUCAACCAGGCGUAUGUUGUCUCCGCUCGACCGCUGGACAACUUCCCCCCGGGCACAAUCGGUCUCUCCGAACCUCAAAGAUCAUGGAUGGGUGUUGCCUUGACGGAUCAGAUCCAGGUUGAAGUUUAUGACCCCUUUGCGGAUGGAAAUCAAGCAUAUAUCGCUUCUGCAGACGUCGAAAUUGGAUUCGCUAGCACGCGAAAAAUUGUCGAGACCCCAUACGACCAGGAUGAAUUGGCCAAGGAAGUUACGAGGUUAUUCAGCAAUCAGAUGUUUGCCCCAGGUCAAAGGUUCCUGAUGGAUCUUAGAAGUGUUCCUCUCAACCUGGUCAUUAAAACCGUUCAACUUGCAGAUCUGAGUGAAAAGGGCGCUGCCACUACCUCUGAUCCUCGAGCCAGAGGAAUUCUCACACCGCAAUCCCAGAUCAACUUUUUUAAAGACACAAAAACAGCCAUAAACCUCAAGGCGUCUUCUCGGCGGCCCGCGGCCAACUCCAUUAUCGCUCCUGACUUCAAGUUUGAGGAUAUGGGUAUUGGUGGUCUCGAUAGUGAAUUUGUCACCAUAUUUCGAAGGGCAUUUGCCAGUCGCGUUUUCCCACCCGGGCUGGUAGAAAAGCUCGGCAUCCAGCACGUCAAGGGAAUUUUACUAUAUGGCCCUCCUGGUACGGGCAAAACACUCAUUGCUCGACAAAUCGGCAAGAUGCUGAAUGCUCGAGAACCCAAGGUCAUCAAUGGUCCUGAAGUACUCAACAAGUACGUUGGACAGUCAGAGGAAAAUGUUCGGAAACUCUUUGCAGACGCCGAAAAGGAGUACAAGGAGAAAGGAGAUGAAUCCGGUCUUCACACCAUCAUUUUUGACGAACUCGAUGCAGUGUGCAAACAAAGAGGCAGUGGCGCUGGCGGUGGUACGGGUGUGGGCGACAGCGUUGUCAAUCAGUUGCUAUCCAAACUAGAUGGUGUCGACCAACUCAACAAUAUCCUUCUAAUCGGCAUGACCAAUCGGAAGGAUAUGAUCGAUGAUGCCUUGCUGCGUCCCGGGCGUCUGGAACUCCAUAUGGAAAUCUCGCUACCUGACGAGUUUGGGAGAUCACAAAUCCUUAAAAUCCACACCAAACGCAUGCUAGAGAAUGGCGUACUUGAUACUGAUGUUGAUGUUAUGGAACUGGCUCAGAAGACGAAGAACUUUUCCGGUGCAGAAAUUGGAGGCUUGGUUAAAUCAGCCACCUCCUUCGCGUUUAGCAGGCAUAUCAAAGUCGGCACCAUGGCCGGUAUAACUGAUGAUGUGGCCGAUAUGAAGGUCAAGCGAGAUGACUUCAUCAACGCUCUCGACGAGGUGAAGCCCGCCUUUGGCGUUUCGGAAGAGGAAUUGACCCGUUGUGUCCAAGGCGGAAUAAUACACUUCUCGCCGCAGAUCAAGGAAGUGCUCGACGAAGGUAGAUUGUUCGUGGAACAAGUCCGCCAUCCCGACUCUACUUCAACUUUCUCUGUUUGCCUUCAUGGGCCCUCGGGGUCCGGUAAGACGGCUUUGGCAGCCAAAAUUGCUAUCGACUCGGGCUAUCCUUUCAUCAAGUUAGUCAGCAACACGGAUACCCUAGAGAUGAAUGAGCUCCAAAAGAUCUCUUAUUUGAGUCGGGUGUUUAUGGAUGCACAUAAGAGUCCAGCAAGCGUCGUCGUCAUUGAUGACAUUGAGGAGUUCUGCGAAUGGACUCCUGUUGGACCUCGUUUCAGUAACCCAAUCCUUAAGACCAUGGUCGCACUACUGAGAAAGGCUCCACCCCCUGGGCGUAGUCUUCUUGUCCUGGUUACCUCGGCUGAUAGGAGCGUUCUUCAGCAGCUGGAUUUCUGGCGUCAUUUCAACACCGACAUCCCAGUCGGCAACGUGAGGACUUAUCAGGAAUUGGAGGUCAUUAUAAAGGAGUCAAGCGUGUUUACCGCCGCAGAUACCGCCCGUGCUAUUGCGGAGAUCCGGGACACGACACGUAAUAAUGAGGUUGGGGUUGGCGUCAAGCACAUACUCCAGGCGAUCCAAACAGCCAGGAAUGACACGGACAUGGUAUCUCGGUUUACUUCGACCCUCUCUAGAGCCAUCGCAGAGAGAGGUGACAGUUAUCAUUAG